UUCAAGAUCAUAGUCACUUUGUGGAGGAGUCACUUAAAAGGGGCGCGCACAAUGGGGACUGGUGGUCACAAGGGAAAGUUCUAACGACUUCUGUUCUUGUUCUUAGUGUUUUCUUUUGUUGGUUUAAUAAAUAGUUCUAAUUCAGCUUUGUUUAAGUCGUCUGGCACACCUUAUCGUGCGUUUGGACUUUAUCUUAAAGAGUUGUUGGUUGAUCGGCGCGUUGACAAGCGCUGGAAGGAAACGAGGCAGGAUGAAUAAUGAAGAAACGACUGCUCAACACAAGCCUCGCUAUGGAACAAUUCAGGAUGACGAGAGGCUGUCGGCAGAGGAGAUGGAUGAGAGGAGGCGGCAGAACAUCGCCUACGAGUACCUGUGUCAUCUGGAGGAGGCCAAACGGUGGAUGGAAGCGUGCCUGGAAGAAGACCUCCCCACGACCACAGAACUGGAGGAGGGACUGAGGAAUGGUGUCUACCUUGGCAAACUUGCCAACUUCUUUGCCCCCAAAAUGGUGACCGUAAAACGGAUCUAUGACAGAGAUCAGGCUCGGUACAAGAGCAAAGGAUUGCACUUCAGGCACACUGACAACACAGUUCAGUGGCUCAGGGCUAUGGAGUCCGUGGGCUUACCAAAGAUCUUCUACCCAGAAACAACAGAUGUGUAUGAUCGCAAAAACAUGCCCAAGGUGGUCUACUGCAUACAUGCACUAAGCUUGUACUUGUAUAAACUGGGCAUUGCACCACAGAUCCAGGACCUUUUGGGGAAGGUGGCCUUUACAGAGGAAGAGAUCAGUAACAUGAGGAGUGAACUGGACAAGUAUGGUAUCCAAAUGCCAGCUUUUAGUAAAAUUGGCGGAAUCCUUGCCAACGAGCUCUCGGUGGAUGAAGCAGCAUUGCAUGCGGCUGUGUUUGCCAUCAACGAGGCAAUAGACAAGGGUCAGGCAUCUGCGACCAUGUCGGCGCUGACAAAUCCAAACGCCAUGCUGAGGAACACGCAGGAAGCUCUGGCGCAAGACUAUCACGACACAUUGAGCCAGGCCAAGACCCGUAAACAAGAUCAGUCCUCGGGCAGUAACUCCACAUUUUGUAUUGAGGAAAGAGACGUUUAUGAGGAGUUGCUAACACAGCAGGAGAUCCAGAGCUGCAUAGACUUUGUCAACAGUAAGGACGAACCCUCUUCCAUGAUCAUAAACGCUGCUGCAUCAACCUUUUUUUUAUACUCAAAAGUACACGAGACAGCUGUUUUGAAAAAACGUACUGCGGGCGUGUUAGCAAAUUCUGCUUCCGUUUUUCUGUCUGCAGUCCAAGCAGCCGUAAGGCAGGUAAAUCAGGCAGUGUGUAGCCAGGAUGAAGCUUCUCUUAUGGCUGCACUGAGGCUUCAAGCGCUGGCCUUGCUUGGCGUGCAGGACAUAAACCACGGCUGGUACCUGGAGCACUUCACCACGUACUGUCUGCACAAAUCCAAGGAUGAAAGCAAGGCAGUUCUGGUGGAUAAGGAUGAGAUUCAACGAGUUCUAAGCUCUUGCAAUGACUUUGCAGAGGCCGAAAGGCGAAAACUUGAAGCAGUUUCGGCGAUCAAUACUGCCAUUCGCCUUGGCGAUGCAGUGGAGACUGUGCAGGAACUCAUGAACCCUGAGGCUCAACUGCCAAUCGUCUACCAAACCGCUGCCAGUCUCUAUCAGAAUGAGCUUUUUAGUUUGCAACUGCAAGGGGCGAGGUCUGGCCUGAGCCACGAGGAGUUGAGCGUGGCUGUGGAAAUGCUGUCGGCUGUAGCUGUGCUCAAUGAGGUUCUGGACACCAAGGACACACAGGCUGUGAUCGAGCAACUGACAGACUCGCCGAUGGGGUUCACAAACAUGGAUCAAGACAACCUAAACAGGUAUGCUGACGCCCUAGCCAAGGAGCGGGCGGAGUCUCUUGCAAAGGGCCUCGAGUUCCUCACUUGGAACGAUGUUCAAAAGUGCAUUGACGCUGUCAACAUUCAGGUCCUUGAAGAGCACGAACGAAUCAUAGCAAUAGCUGAGAUCAAUGAGGCAUUGAACUCCGGUGAUCAUCAGCAGACACUUGCAGCCCUGCUCCUUCCCACUGCCAAGUUGACGGGGGUGAACCCAGUCACAGCCAAACACUACCACGAUGUCCUACACUACAUCAAACAACGCUUCUGCCAGAACUCGGGUGAUGAAUCUGCUGUACUGUGGCUGGAUCAAAUCCAAGAAGCUAUACAUGCAGCCAACCAGGAUGGCGAGGAGGCUCUCACAAUGGCUGAAGCAGUUGCUGACAUAAACAAGAUGGUGGCCGAGGGUGACUCCGAGAACACACUGCAGGCUCUGCAAUCACCAAAUGCAGGGCUGAGACUGGUACUCGCUGAAUGUGCUGAUGUGUACCAGGCGGAACUGGAACAAUCGCAAGUAAAGAUGGCAGCUCAAGGUGGCACUCGGAGUGUGUGGGUGAAACAUCGCAUAAACGAUAGAUAUGACUACUACUAUAACCUGGAGACUGGACAAGGUGCCUGGGAGGAGCCAGAAAAGUUUGAAGGCAAUAGUGGCCACCUCAGUAAAGAGGAAAUUCAGAUUGCAGUAAGUUGUGUGACUGCAGGAUAUAAGCGGGAACAAUUGUGGUUGGCCAAUGAGUCCUUAGUAACGCAGCUGCAGGCCAUGGUCCGAGGUUUUCUGGUGAGACGAAGGCAUGUUCAAAGGAUGGAGUACCUCCGGCUACAAGAACCUCAUGUCGUCAGACUGCAGGCAUCCUGGAGAGGUUACAAACAGAGAAAAAUAUACAAGGACAGGAUGAAAGUGCUUCAUACAAAUGUCACCUCAGUUGUCAAGAUUCAGUCUCUGGUUAAAAUGUGGAAAGCCAAACGUGAAUACAACCAGCGUUUGCAAUACUUCAAGAAUCACGAGAAGGACAUUGUGACUAUCCAAGCUUUUCUAAAGGCCAAUAAAGCGAGAGAUGACUAUAGAACUCUGACUGGGGCCAAGGACCCGCCCCUAUCGGUGGUGCGCAAGUUUGUCCACUUGCUGGAACAAAGCGCUUUGGAUCUACAGGAGGAGCAGGAUGUGACAAGACUCAAGGAAGAAGUGGUCACCAAAAUUCGCUCCAAUCAGCAGAUGGAGCAAGAUUUGAACCUGAUGGACAUAAAGAUCGGGUUGCUAGUGAAGAACAGGAUCACGCUGCAGGAUGUCGUGAGUCAUAAUAAGACCAUGAAGAACAUGAAAAAUCAAGCCAGUAAUGAUGACCUGGCCACAGCAGACAAACUGGGAAUAAAGGGGUUAAGUAAAGGAAAGCGGAAAAAACUAGAGGCCUAUCAGCAUCUCUUUUACCUCCUUCAGACCAACCCGUCCUACUUGGCGAAGCUCAUCUUCCAAAUGCCCCAAAACAAGUCCACAAAGUUUAUGGACACUGUCAUCUUCACCUUGUACAACUAUGCCUCCAACCAGCGAGAGGAGUAUCUGCUGCUCAAACUCUUCAAAACUGCUCUCGAUGAAGAAAUCAGGUCUAAGGUUGACCAAAUUCAGGACAUCGUGACAGGAAAUCCCACUGUCAUCAAGAUGGUGGUCAGCUUUAACCGAGGCGCGCGAGGCCACAACACUCUGCGGCAACUUUUGUCUCCUGUUGUCAAAGACAUCAUUGACGACAAAAAUGUUGGCAUCAACACCAACCCUGUGGAUGUUUACAAAGCCUGGGUCAACCAACUGGAGACGGCCACCGGAGAAGCCAGCAAAUUGCCCUAUGAAGUGACUCCCGAGCAGGCCAUGGCACAUGAGGAAGUACGCAAGAGGCUAGAGGCUUCCAGUCUGGCACUUCGCUCUGCAACAGAUAAAGUCCUUAACUCCAUUGUGUCCUCCCUGGAUAAUAUCCCUUAUGGCAUGAGGUAUGUAGCAAAAGUUCUGAAGAACUGCCUCCACGAAAAGUUUCCAGAUGCAUCAGAAGAUGAGCUGCUAAAGGUAGUCGGAAACUUGCUUUACUACCGCUACAUGAAUCCUGCAAUCGUCGCUCCCGAUGGCUUUGACAUUAUUGACCUGUCGGCGGGAGGGCAGCUCCACGUGGACCAGCGUCGCAACCUGGGAUCUGUGGCAAAGAUGCUCCAGCAUGCUGCUGCCAACAAGCUGUUUGAGGGCGAGAAUGCGCACAUGACGCCCAUGAACAACUUCAUUUCGCAAACAUACGAGAAGUUCCGGGUGUUUUUCCAGUCUGCCUGUGAUGUCCCUGAACCCGAGGAGAAGUUCAACAUUGAUGAAUACUCAGACAUGGUGACCCUGAGCAAGCCCAUCAUCUACAUCUCUAUAGAGGAGAUCAUCAACACGCAUUCACUUCUUUUGGAACACCUGGAGGCAAUCUCACCAGACCUCAAUGACCUGUUGCACGAGCUCUUGCAGGAUUUGGGAGAUGUCCCAGACGUUGAGACAUUACUCGGUGAAGGAGCCGUUCACGGCAGCGACGCAAACAGGGAUGCCGUCCUCAAUCAGCUGGCCAAAACGGAGAUCUCCCUCACUCUGACCAGCAAGUUUGAGCUGCUCGACGGGGAUGACAAAGACUUGAAGACUCUCAUGACCAAGACAAAGAAACUUAUUGUGGACGUGAUCCGAAUUCAACCUGCAGAGACUUUGGCUGAAAUUUUAGAGACCCCAGCCACGGCUCGUCAGGAGUCGGAGCAUACCAAGAUGGCAGUGCGACGGGCGGUUCAGGAUGCUCAGACCCCUGACGGGCUAAAGAGCAGCCCGGCAGUACUAGAGGACAGUCAGCUUCCCCUGGAGCAGAAGAAGCGGAAGAUCCUGAGGAACCUUCGGAACCUGGAGCAGGCUAACCUUGUCGCUGCCUCAAACAAAUACCAGGACAUCAUCAAUGACAUUGCUAAGGAUAUUCGCUACCAACGACGCUACCGACAAAGGAGGAAGGCCGAGCUCGUGAAACUCCAGCAGACGCUUGUGGCGCUCAAUUCGAAGACGACCUUCUACCAGGAGCAGAUGAACUAUUACGACACCUACAUCAGGACAUGCCUGGAUAACCUCAACCGCAAGAAUUCACGCAGAUCCAUCAAGGUGGACAGCAAAGCGGAUGAAAAGGCCGGCAAAAGGGGGAAGCCGCAAUCUCUGAAGUACACCGGAGCGAGGCUGCACGAGAAGGGAGUCAUUCUGGAGAUCGAAGGACUUCAGGCCAACCAGUUCAAAAAUGUCAUGUUUGAGAUUUCACCAAGUGAGGAAGUUGGCGAUUUUGAGGUGAAAGCUAAAUUUAUGGGUGUUGAGAUGGAAAAGGUUCAGCUGCAUUUCCAGGACCUUUUGCAGCUUCAGUAUGAAGGCGUGGCUGUUAUGAAAAUGUUCGACAAAGCUAAAGUCAAUGUGAACCUGCUCAUCUUUCUCCUAAAUAAAAAAUUCUACGGAAAGUGAAUGACAAUACGGAAUAUGGGGAAAUACUUUGUGCCUUGUGACAGCGUUCACUUUGUUCAACAAAAUCAAGGUUGUCCAAAAAUGUAAAUGAUCCUUUUUUUUCCUUUGAAUAAUUUAAUGAAGCUGUUCAUUUUUUUCCUUUUUGUGAAAUUUAAUGUAUUUUAAUUAGGAAGAUAUUCUUGUUUUCUUUGCAAGAGAGACACUAUUGUUUUGUUACUUGUGUGUUGACGAAGGAGUUGUAUCAGAAGGCCGUCUUGUUGAAAUGUUGUAGUACACCAGUGCCUUUUAAAUUAAAGCAUCUAAAUAAUCAUAUUUUAAUUAAUAAAACUUUUAAAUGCUGCGA